AUGGCUGACUUCCAGCUGUAUACAUAUUAUGAUAGGGACACUUUGUUAGUAUCAUACGGGGUGACAACCUCAUGUCUUGAUGCAUUACUCAGUAUCAAUGAGAGUUGUUCCUCUGCUAAAGAUUCAGAAACACUACUGUCACAUGCGAUGAAUCCCUGUCAACAUUGCUCGGCGGAGGUGUGGACUAUAAUUACCGAGUUCAGAGAUCCAGAGAUUCUUUUCAUUUGUGCUAAUAUCCGACAUGCAGAUUGGUACAUGGACAACAUUACAACCCUUUGCACGACGACUUGUCAAACUUCGCUCCAGGCAUGGGGCUCGAGUGUGGAAACCGCUUGUGCAGGCCAGACGGUUGUCCAACAAGGCGUUGUCGUUCAAGCCAAAGCUUUGUCUCUCUCAUUAACUUAUAAUGCUGAGAUUGCUUGUCUACAGGAUAGUCAAUCUAACUGGUGUUUCUUUGAUUCUCAGGAUUGGCAAGGCAGUGAUUACAUCCGAUAUGACUCCCUGAUGUGCUCUGAUGAGAGCGAUAGUCCUGCAAUCUGCAAUCAGACGGACUUCGAUAUGGACUCAAUAACCUCGGAGAUGCAGGCUAUGACAAACCUGUAUAAUUCAACUUUUUUCUGUAGCGAAUGCUUCCUAGAGCUUUAUCGAAAGCGACUUCUCGACCCGUGGUUGACACCAACUAAUUUUACUGGGUAUCUGAUUGAUCAAUUCGAUGAUUUGCAGCGAAAUUGUUCAACUUCACUACCAUAUACCACGUCUUCCUCUACAUUGUACGUCGGGGUUCAAACUGCGACAGCUACUACCACAACAACUACAGCCGCGACAACAGCAACAGUGACCACCACUGCCACGCCAACUUGCCUGGGACAGUUCGUUCAGCCCAUCAAGAAUUGGCUAACUUGUAACAGUCUAAGUGACCUAUAUAACGUUUCCACUGGUGAUGCUCGUUUGACAACGGGCAGCACCGACUGUUACUUUAACACUGCUGUCUGCUUACCACAGCCUUGUCCGAUCACCACGGUAUGGGAUGCUCCAAGCUGUUCAUUCCUUGCCAAUCUUGCUUCCAAUGCAACCUACAACGUAUCCGAGAGCCAAUUCUUAAGUUGGAACUCCAACAUUUUGGGGAGCUGUGGCGGAGUAUCCAACGGUCAGCGCGUUUGCUUGCAAGCUCCUGGUGUGGUCAUCACAGCACCUACUGGUACGAGUGCAUACUUUACCACCGCCACCCCACCACAUCCAACUCAGAAUGGCACUAUGAGUAACUGCGGUAAAUACUAUCAAGUUUCUAUGGGCGAUGAUUGCGCUACAGUUGAUCUAAGAUUGGGUCUCAAUUUUACGACCCUGCAGUCCUUGAAUACCUUCCUCAACGACACUUGCUCUAAUCUGUGGUUGAACUAUGAUAUUUGUGUCGCCCCGGUCUCCACGCCAGUGGUCUCUACUGAUGGAUCCUGUGGCAUGGGUGUGACCUGUACUGGCAGCACAUUUGGAUCCUGCUGUUCAUCGGCCGGUACAUGCACGAAUGACUGUGGCUCGACAGGCAAUGGAACCAUCAGUACAAACGAUCUAUGUGGGCCGAAUAAUACCUAUAUGACUUGCCCGGGUUCUGAGUUUGGUGAUUGCUGCAGUAUCUAUGGAUAUUGCGGAAAUGGAACCUCCUUUUGCGGCGCAGGAAACUGUUAUGCUAGAUCCUGUGCGACUGACAACGGAGGCCCAUCGGUGAACGGUGAAUGCGGGCCCAAUUUUGCUGGAACUAAAACUUGCACAGGAACACAGUUCGGUAGCUGCUGUUCAACAAGUGGCUAUUGUGGAAAUACGAAUGAUUAUUGCAGCCCGCCAAACUGCUACUCUGGCGCCUGUUUGAAAUCAGGGUAUACUUCAACUAAUGGUGAGUGUGGUCCCAAUUUCUCAGGAAACAUGACAUGUCCGGGAUCCUUGUUCGGAGAUUGUUGCUCUGUAAAUGGAUAUUGUGGCAACUCUACCGCUUAUUCCUCUGGUUCGAAUUGUUAUAGUGGUGUCUGUACGUAG